AUGACUUCGUGGGACAACCGAGAGGUCACAAACGAGCACUUGCUGCCUUACGUGGACUCAAGCACUGCACCUUCAGAAGUCCAGACAGCACUCCGGACUCUUCCAUUUGAGCGGAACAUUUUCAAGCUUGUCGCCAAUGCACCAGUCUUCUUCCCCACGUUCAUGAAACUUCUGACGUGCGCAUGGUCCCCAGAGCGUGCCCUGCGAUCGACGGAUUGGCAGAUCAUCGUCCUACGCACCGCCUCACUCCUCAACGCUCCUUACGAAUGGGACGUCAACGAGCCUGUGGCGCGUGUAUUUGGCAUGACUGACGAUCACCUGAAGUGUCUCCGUAGCGGGGACUUGUCCUCACGGGUGCUUUUUACCAAUCGUCAACGCCUGAUCUCCUCCGUGGUUGAAGAGCUCUGCUUGAAAGACCGCGUAGCCGAGGACAAUGUCCAGCAAUGCAAGGAGAUAUUUGGCGAUCAGGGACUCAUGGAACUGUUCUUCACGCAAACGAUCUAUGCCUUUUUGGCGCGGACUAUGAAUAGCUGCAAGAUUGACUUUGACCACCCAAUCCCGGGGCUUGAGGACAUGCUACGGAAGUACAAUGCAGCUACUAUUGAGAAGGAGAUGAAAUACACGGACUAA